UAACACAGACACUAUGGACAGUUACUGUGGUAAUACCGUGGACAUGGACGACUCAAACUUGGAUUCAAUGAAGCUGCGCCUGACCUACUCCAGCAAGUACAGAAGCAACAUGGACUGUAAAAUGCGUAUCAAGACCAGAUCUGGCCAACGCUUGUCGUUCAAGUUCCUCGAUAUGGAUAUUGCUAAGAUUUUCACUUGUGAUGACUACUUGGAGAUACGCGAUGGAUCGUCUUCCUCUUCAUCAGAUACGAAGUGUAACAGCGACGAAUUUUCCUGCGACAACGGCCGGUGCAUCGACCAAAGUCUGUACUGUGACUCAUAUGACAACUGCGGCGACGACAGCGACGACUGCUACAUGGAUACAAAUUGGUGGGUCUGGAUGGUCAUCGGCAUCGUUGUCUUCAUCAUAUUCUGUGCUAUCGUUAUUACCGUACGUCAUCUGUUGUUGCUGCUGCAAGAGGCAUCUCGUGGAACAGUACUUAAGUUCCUCCAAGGUUCGAACGGCAGCAUAGGCACAGCAGUUAACUUCAUGUAA